AUGCAUUCUACAAUCCUCGCCGCUCUGGCCACUUUCGGUCUCACCGUCGCAUUUCCAACCAACUCUGCAUCACAAAUCCAAGUCGGAUACACCGAAACUGGCCCAUGGACCGCAGAAGGGGGUUUCGACCUUCCUGCAGUCAGCCCCAUGGGCUUGUGGAGACACGUGGUCAACGAGACCGCGGGCAUCGUGACAUCGACUUUCUUGGGCGUCCCAUACGAACUCCCAACCAACGAUACCAGUGACGUCGCGAUCGAUAUUCCGGCCUGGCCUGCCAACGCCGUCGCGACCUGUGGCAACCAGCACUUCAUUAGUGAUCAUAUCACUAUCGCCAAGCAGGAGCUCGGUCGCUGGUGUGACGCCAACGGCAACAGCUACAAACUUGGGAUCAACACAAACUACUCGUUUGUCUACAUUGAUGUCGCCGUUGGAUUUUCUUGCUCGGACAACGCCAGCCAAUUCUACAAGGCAUACGGUAUCGUCGAGCCCGGCGGUGGUGUGUGCAACCAAGGCAACCUUGCGCAAUAG